AUAUAUAUGGAGCUUUGCAUUCUGGGCAGAUAUAAAGUCGGUCGAAAGAUUGGAAGCGGGGCUUUCGGGGAGAUAUUCCAUGGUACUGACAUCCGUACUGGUGAAAAGGUUGCCAUAAAGUUUGAAUAUGUCAAGACACAGCACCCGCAACUGAUGUAUGAAUCACAAGUGUACAAAGUACUACAUGGAGGAACUGGAAUUCCAUAUGUUCACUGUACUGGGAUUGAUGCAGAUCAUAAUGUUCUUGUAAUGGGGUUAUUAGGACAUAGCCUUGAAGAACUAUUUAAUUUUUGUGGCAAGAAAUUGUCUUUGAAAUCCGUUCUCAUGCUUGCAGAUCAGAUGAUUGACCGAAUUGAAUUUGUUCACUCCAAAUCUUAUCUGCAUCGAGAUAUCAAGCCUUCCAAUUUCCUUAUGGGAAGGAGAAAUCAUGAGAAUCAUAAGGUGUUCAUCAUCGACUUCGGUCUGGCGAUCAAAUAUAGAAAUCCUUCAUCACAUCAACACAUUCAUUACAGAGAAAGUAAGAAUUUUGUUGGAACAAGAAGAUUUGCUAGCAGAAAUACUCAUCUUGGAAUUCAACAAAGCCGGAGGGAUGAUUUAGAAUCUCUUGGAUAUGUUCUCAUAUAUUUCCUAAGGGGAAGCCUUCCUUGGCAGGUUAAAGAAGAGAAUUCAAAACAAAAGGAGGAAAUGGUUAAAAAUUUGAAGGUUUCCACUUCUAUUGAGGGCUUAUGUCACGGUUGCCCCAUAGAAUUUGAGUCCUACUUUCACUACUGUCGCUCACUUCACUUUGACAGCAAUCCAGAUUAUGGUUAUCUGAAAAGAAUGUUCAGACAUCUUUUUUCUCGUGAAGGAUUUAAAAUGGAUUAUGUGUUUGACUGGACCAUAUUGAAGCACCAACAGUCGGUGCAAAGCAGCAGCAUAGCAAGGCCAUUAAUCAGUGCUGGAGUCUUUCCAGCAGAGAAGAGUGUUGCAAAGGUUUCAGAAGUAGCUCUAGGUGCUAAGUUUUCUAGCUUGAAACUAAUGGAGCAACCAAGGGAUUGGCCAAGGCAAGCUUCUGCCUCUAAUAGAAGGAAUGCUGCUCCAGUACCAGAUAAAUCAAGUCCCUUUUGUGCUCAAACCAUCAAAGCUGUCCAGAAGAUAGAAACUCAGCAGAGAAACUCUCCCAGAUUCUUGAUGCCAAGGGCACAUCUUCCAGCAGAAAGGGUUCAAAAACAUGAGCCUAUUAUUAUUUCCUUGAGGGCCAUAUACCAAAACAAUGAUGAGAAAUGUUAG